AUGGCUUCCUCAGCACCGAAGCGACGAAUCCCCGGCCUGCCGAACCCGGUGUUGGAAGCGGAGCAGCAAAAAUGGCUAUUCACCGAGGAAGAAUUCGACCGCACACCAUCGCGCAUUGAUAAGAUCGAGCGUGGGAAAGAGGACUACAUCCGCCACCGUGCAGUCGACUUCAUUUGGCAAGUGAGCGUGAUGUUGAAGAUGCCCCCGCAGACCUCAAUGACCGCCACCGUGUACAUGCAUCGCUUCCUCAUGCGCUAUUCGUUGAUGGGCCAAUAUCCGGAGAUGGGGUCGGACCUGAUGCACCCGAAGGUGAUCGCUGCGGUGGCCCUGUUCGUCGCGUUCAAGGUCGACGAGGCCAUGCGCCGCAUGAAAGACUUCGUCAUCGCAUGCUGCCGGGUCGCCAUGAAGCAGCCGAACCUGAUUGUCGACGAGCAGUCCAAGGAUUACUGGAAAUGGCGAGACCUGAUCCUGCAGAACGAGAGCGUAAUGCUUGAAUACCUCUGCUUUGACCUACAGGUCGAGUCCCCUUACCGCAUUCUCUGGGACUACUCCAUCUUCCUAGGCGUCAGCGACAACAGGACUUUGCGCCACUCUACCUACUCCUUCCUCAACGACUCCACCUACACCGUUCUCUGUCUCCAAUUCCCACCCCGCGUCAUCGCCGCCGCAGCCCUGUACGCCGCAGCCCGCCACUGCAAAGUCGCCUUCCCCGACGACGCCGAAGGCCGGCCCUGGUGGGAGCAGAUCGACGUCCGCCUCGACGACCUCAUCCGCGCUUGCACCUUCAUCGUCAAGAUCUACGAGCGUGUCCAGCAAAGCCUCAGCAAGGGCUUCCCGGAUUUCGCGCUUCCAGACUCAACCCCCCAACCCAACGACCCAACCCGCAUCUUCGACACCGAUCCCACAAAAUCUGCCUCCGAGCAGCAAUCCAUCUCCACCCCUCCCACCCUCACCGUCACCUCAGACACGGCUUCAAACGGCCGCAAGCGCUCGCGCGAACCCGAACCCGAACCUCACCCCACCACACAGGCACAGUCACAACCACACCCACCCUCCCCAAAAAACAAACCCCCUUCAACCCUCACCCUCAACGGGAACGGGAACGGCGACCGCGAUCGAUCGCCCAAGCGCCAGCGGACCAUCACCCCCUCCAACUCGCGCGUCCCCGCGGCAGCAUUAUCCCAAACAAAAGCCACGCCUCAAUUCAAAUCCUUGUCAGUCACCGAAGGGAAACCGGAACCAGCACCGGGGUCCUCCGCAAAACCUCCUCCGAAAGAAGAGUCCAGCGCCGACGUCGAAGAAGGCGAAGUCCAUGAAAAACAACAUGUCGUUUCAGUCGCGCAUCCCGCUCCUCAGCAUAGUCCCCCGCCCACGGCGGAUGUGGAUGCUGAUUCUCGGAGUAAACUAGACUCCCAGCAAGAGGAGAAAGAGGAGGGCGAGGCUGAUGAUGAUGAUGAUCGUGCUGGGAGUGAAGAAGGCGAGAUCUAG